CUAAUUCUUAUUGAUCUCUCACAACUUUCUACUAUUUCCAAAUUCUUAUUGAUUUUUCUAGUGAAUUUAUACCACAAAGAAAAGAAGAUAAAAAAGUAAAAAAAAAAGAAAUCGAGAGGCAUACAUAGUCUCUUGGUCUUCCCUAAGCUAUCUUUAAUCAUAUCAUUAUAUGCGACUCACCCUCUAUUGGAAGGUGCGUGUACUGGUCUCUUCAACUUCCUGUCCGUCUUCUAUUUUAACAUGAUCAUUCACCCCCUCCCCCACAAACCAUAGAAUUUGAAUAGGGAAUGCCAGAAAAUCGAUGAUACUGCUCCACUGAAGAAAUAGAGCAAGUGUAAGAAAUGGAGAAGACUAACGUGAGCAACAAGAAACAAGUUACAGACAAAAGAAGCUUGCUCGAUCUGGUUUUCUCUUGGUCUCUCGGCGAUGUUCUCAACAACAAACUUUACAAAAACCAGGUGCCUACGAUUCCUAAGACCUUCUUGAAUGUGAAAAGUUAUUUGGAAUCAUUCGUUCCUUCACUCAUUGAGGAAACACAUGCUGAUUUACACUCGAAUAUGAUCACGGAACUGUCGCAUGCACCUACUUGUGAAAUAUUGACUCUUGAAUGUUCGAAAGGUCAUAAACCUCCCAAAAAAUUGUUCUAUGAUAUUGUAUAUAAGAGAGAUACAGAAGCGGAUCAGAAGCACAACGGAUUAAUGUACGAGCCACAGGUUGGAGAUCUCAUUGCCUUGACGGAUGUUAAACCGAAAUGUGUUGAUGAUUUGAACAGGUCCCCAAGACACUAUGUUAUUGCUUAUGUUAGUAAAGUACCUAAUCCUGAUGAAUUUCCUGAUGCUCAUGAGUUCCAAAUACUCUCAUCCAAGCCUAUCGAUUAUGGAGAACAAGACGUACAAAAGAGCAAGAGACAAAAACAUUUUGCAGUUUAUCUCAUAAACAUGACAACAAAUCUUCGUGUGUGGGGUGCCUUGAACUCAAAAGAGGGAAACACAGAAAUUAUUCAGAAAGUUCUCCAACCCAGUUCACAUGAUGCGAAUUCUUGUACUACUUGCUCUCCCAUACAAAGUUACUCCCCUGACCUUUCUACCAUUUGGCCCACUAUUUCCUCUCACAAACUAAAUUACUCCCAAGAAGCUGCAGUUUUAAACUUUAUCGGUUUGAGUAAAUGCCAUCAUCAGAAUGAUGUCAAAUUGAUUUGGGGUCCUCCAGGUACUGGGAAGACAAAGACAGUCAGUCUGUCUCUCUUUGCCCUCUUUAUGCUCAAGUGCAGAACACUAACAUGUGCUCCCACCAAUAUUGCGGUGUUAGAAGUUGCAACCCGGCUCAGGGGUCUGGUUAAUGGGUCACUUGAGUUUGGAAAGUACGGACUUGGAGAUAUAGUUCUCUUUGGGAACCGGAAGCGAAUGCAGGUUGAUGAUAAAGCUGACCUUCUUGAGGUAUUUCUCGAUCAUCGUAUUAAAAUACUGAUCAAUUGUUUGAGGCCCUUUUCUGGAUGGAAGUAUCUGUUAAGUUCAAUGAUACGUCUACUUGAGGAACCAGAUGAAGAGUACUCUUUAUAUUUGCAAAAGAGAGCAGAAAAACAAGAACAGAGUGCUCAAGGAAAUGAGAAGAAAAACACAAAGAGAGCAGAAAAACACAAAGAGAGUGCUCAAGGAAAUGAGAAGAAAAACACAAAGAGAGCAGAAAAACACAAAGCAAGUGCUCAAGGAAUUGAGAAGGGUACUAAAGGAAACAAUGAAAGCGUAAAAGAGGAUGAUCCAUUGACGUUUGAGGAGUUUGUGAAGAAAAAGUUUGAUUCAAUUUUUGAGUCACUGAAGAUCUGCAUGGUAAAUUUGUACACUCACUUACCAACUUCUUGCAUUCCACUGAAGGUAGUGAAGGACAUGGAUGAAGCUUCGGGUUUGCUCAAGUCCUAUAAAUCUUCCAUGCAUCGUAUCAGUGUUGCUAAGGAAGGUUUAAACUUAGUCCUAAAAGAUUUCAAAGUUUCAGGAAGCAUUGUCGGUCGCUUUAUACAGUUGGGAAACAAGUGUGUUUGUAAACUGAAGUUGCUUCCUCAGAAAUUUGGUGUCCCAAAAACUCUUGAUUCUUAUUCAAUAAGAACUUUCUGCUUGCAAAAUGCUUGCUUAAUAUUUUGUACUGCAUCAACUUCUGCCAAAUUGCCUAAUGCAUUACCGAUGAGACCACUGGAAUUGUUAGUCGUUGAUGAAGCUGCUCAGCUUAAAGAAUGUGAGUCUGCAAUUCCUUUACAACUGUCUGGUAUCCGCCAUGCUAUUCUAAUAGGAGAUGAGCGGCAACUCCCUGCUAUGGUUAAAAGCGAGAGAGCGAAAGUGGCUGAGUUUGGAAGAAGCUUGUUCGAAAGGAUGACAAAGUUGGGACACAGGAAGCAUCUUCUCAAUAUCCAAUAUAGGAUGCAUCCAUCCAUCAGCUUAUUUCCAAAUAUGGAGUUCUAUAACAAUGAGAUAUUAGAUGGUCCGAAUGUCACUGAAAGAAGCUAUCAGAGGUGCUUCCUCAAGGGAAAGAUGUACCAAUCUUACUCCUUCAUAAAUAUAGCCAAUGGAAAAGAAGAAUUUGAUCAUGGUCAUAGUCAGAAAAAUAUGGUCGAGGUUGCUGUGGUCUCUGAGAUAGUUGCAAGACUUUACCAAGAAUUCAUCGGCACCAAGAAGAAGGUUAGUAUUGGAGUCAUAUCACCAUACAAGGCUCAAGUUUAUGCAAUUCAAGAGGGUGUGAAAAAAUACAGUAAAAAGUGUAACCCUCAAUUCUCUGUAAGUGUGCGGUCUGUUGAUGGGUUCCAAGGUGGUGAAGAGGAUGUGAUAAUUAUCUCCACUGUCAGAUGUAACGUGAAAGGUGCAAUUGGUUUCUUGUCCAACUGUCAAAGGGCAAAUGUUGCACUUACACGUGCACGGUAUUGUCUUUGGAUAUUGGGGAAUGCGUCGACUUUGGUUAACAGUGACUCUAUCUGGAAGAAGCUAGUCCUUGAUGCCAAGAGACGCGAUUGUUUUCACAAUGCUGACGAGGACAAGAACUUGGCACAGGCUAUUGCUGCUGCCCUGCUGGAGGUUGACCGAUUUCAUGCUCUACUUAGUAUUGAAUCUCUGCUGUUCAAAAAUGCGAGAUGGAAGGUUUGCUUCACUGAUGAAUUUGAGAAAUCAUUAGCAAAGAUUAAAGACACUCUGGUUCGUCGAGAAGUGCUUAAUCUACUAACGAAGCUUUCAAGUGGAUGGCGUCACGCACACAAGGAUAAGGGAAUGAUGGUUCAUGACGGGACUUCUUCUCAACUGUUAGAGAAGUAUAAAGUCAAUAGGCUGCUGAAUCUCAUUUGGACUGUGGAUAUUCUUCAGGAGAAAUCAUAUUACAUCCAGGUUAUGAAGGUUUGGGAUAUCGUGACAUCUUCGGAUAUACCUAGACUAGCAAAGCGUCUUGACAACAUUUUUGGGACUUAUACAGUGGAUAAGAUGAAUCGUUGCAAGCACAAGUGUAUUGAUAAGUGCACUGCUGUUCCAAUGAGAUGGCCGGUGGAUUCUAGUAGUUGCCAUGAAGCUGAUCCUGUGGAGUUCCUUUCAAAACCAUUAUCUUCACUCAGUCUAACAGAUAAACCCGAAUCAUCAACAUCAACUUCUGGGGUGGCUAUCAAAACAGAGAAACAGUCUACACAAUCCCUUCUCACUCCCAAAAGCCGUUCGAAGACUCAUGCUAAACAAAGAGGGCAAUCACCGAACGUAGAGGUUGGAGUCUGGAGACCGUGUGUUCUUUAAGGUUAAGCCUUGUUAUGGAAUUAAACGGUUUGGCAACGGCAAAAAACUUGCUCCCCGUUCUAUUGGACCUUUUGAAGGUUUGAAGCUAGCUGGUGAUGGUGAUGUUUCUUAUAGAUUAGCUCUUCCACCUUACCUAUCUAGUAGUAUCUAUGAUGUGUUACAUAUAUCUGCAUUAAAGAAAAACAUUGCAGUUGUUUCGCAUGUUUUGAAUUGGUACAAUUUGAGCAUUCAAAAACAUCUGCUGUGUGACGAGAAGCCAGUUAAAUUGUGGAUCGAAAAAUAUCUAGAAUUCUUGCUUGAUGGGAAGCCUUCGUAUUUUGGCCAGUAAUAUUUUUGCAAGGAGGGUGAAUUGUAAACUCAAAUUACGUUGGAUGUAUUUAUAUGUGGAUUUUAG